GGCCGCCGAGGCAGGGAGGGGGCCGCCGGGAGGCCAUCGCGCUCUUCGGGAGGGUGCCUGCAGCAACUGGAUUCCUGUGCUGCGACUGUGCCGCGCCCAGAGCAGCAACCACAGCGACGAUGCCAGGCCAUUACCUGUUUGAUCCCUUCUGGAAAGCUGGCGCCAGCCAACUUUUGCCGACCAUCAAGCCUAGAAGUUGCAAGGACUAGUGGAAGCGCCGGAGGGGCCAGGACAAGGGCGCGCUGCCUCCUCCCUCCUCGCGCCAGCCGCCCGCGCCCGCGGCCUCUCUCCCGCCCGCCCGCCGCCCGCGCGCUCUCCCUCUGCCCGCCUCCCUCCUCCGGCCCCCUCCACGCGGCACAGGGCGGGGGGUGGGGGGGUGCCGUGAAACUCCGACCCGAGCCGCUUGGACUCGCACAGUGUCCUCGGGGCUCAGGGGCCGAGCGCACGCAGUAGCAAGCGCAGCUCUCUGCCUCCUCCUGCCAGUCCAGCCACGAUCCCGGCCCGGGGCUGUGGCAUCGGUUCGGACCCAGGCAUCCAGCAGCCUUCGCGGGAGCCGGACCACCGUCAGGGGAGCUCGGACGGCAUGCUGAGCCCCCUCCUCGGCUGAAGCCCGAGUGCUCAGAAGCCCGGGCAAAGCGCAGGCUAAGGAGACCCAGGCGGCAAAGGCGCGAGCAGGCAGCAGCGGAGGAGCAGGAGGAGGCGAAGGCAGAGCGGGGCCCCUAAAGAAGUGGUGGUGGUGGGCGUCGUGGCCAUGGCGGCGGCUAUCGCCAGCUCGCUGAUCCGGCAAAAGAGACAAGCCCGCGAGCGCGAGAAAUCCAACGCCUGCAAGUGUGUCAGCAGCCCCAGCAAAGGCAAGACCAGCUGCGACAAAAACAAGUUAAACGUCUUUUCCCGGGUCAAACUCUUUGGCUCUAAGAAGAGGCGCAGAAGGAGACCAGAGCCCCAACUUAAGGGUAUAGUUACCAAACUAUACAGCCGACAAGGCUACCACUUGCAACUGCAGGCAGAUGGAACUAUUGAUGGCACCAAAGACGAGGACAGCACUUACACUCUGUUUAACCUCAUCCCUGUGGGUCUUCGAGUAGUGGCUAUUCAAGGAGUUCAAACCAAGCUGUACUUGGCAAUGAACAGUGAGGGAUACUUGUACACCUCGGAACAUUUUACACCUGAGUGCAAAUUCAAAGAAUCAGUGUUUGAAAAUUAUUAUGUGACAUAUUCAUCAAUGAUAUACCGUCAGCAGCAGUCAGGCCGAGGGUGGUACCUGGGCCUGAACAAAGAAGGAGAGAUCAUGAAAGGCAACCACGUGAAGAAGAACAAGCCUGCAGCACAUUUUCUGCCCAAACCACUGAAAGUGGCCAUGUACAAGGAGCCGUCACUGCACGAUCUCACGGAGUUCUCCCGAUCUGGAAGUGGGACCCCGACCAAGAGCAGAAGUGUCUCCGGAGUGCUGAACGGAGGCAAAUCCAUGAGCCACAAUGAAUCAACGUAGCCAGUGAGGGCAAAACAAGGGCUCUGUAACAGAACCUUACCUCCAGGUGCUGUUGAAUUCUUCUAGCAGUCCUUCAGCCAAAAGUUCAAAUUUGUCAGUGAGGUUUACUAAACACACAGGCAGAGUUCCCCAUUCCAUCUGCCAUUAGACCUGGUUAUCAUCCACACAAAAGCCCCAUAAUUUAGAUUGAGCUUGUGUAAAAGAAUGCCACGCAUUAUCGAUUAACUAAAUAUGGGAGAAGGACUGCCAAAUUUUCUCAUGAUCUCACCUAUACUUUGGGGAUAACACACCCGAAAUAUUUCACAGCACUAGCGCUGAUCAAAAGUUCUUCUCCCACCAAGAAAAUUUUAAAAGACCACAAUUAUUCUUCAAAAACAAAAAUACUACAAGUCAAAAUUAACUGCUUAAAUGUUUUGUAGGGGCAAACAAAUUGUGUGAACUGUGUUGUUUUCUUGGCUUAAUGUUUUCUAUCUAUGCUUGAUUCAAAUGUACUCCUUACUUUCAUAUAGUGCAACUUUAUGAUUUCUGAAAUGAAAUGGUUCUUUGAUUCUGUCACUUAAUCCAAAUCAACUAAAUUCAGGGUUGAAUCUGAAUUGGCAUCUCAGGCUCAAGGUAACAGUGUUCUUGUAAUUUUCCAAUUUUCCUUUUUUUUUUUUUGUAAGAUUCAUAGCAUUCUGGUCAACUUUUUGUGCUGUGCUUUCUGCAUAGAAAUUGAGUUGUAUCAUCAACCCCAGUCAGUAAACAUAAGUUGAAAAAAAAGAGUAUCCUCAAGUGUAGAUUUCUCUUAAUUCCAUUUGUAGAUCAUGUUAAUCUAUUGUGGCUUCUUAUGUAAAGACGGGAACUGUGGAACUGUGAUGCUGUCUUUUGUGUUAUUCAAAUAAGAACUGUCUCAUCUGUACAUGUAUGAGUCCUCCUGUCAUUGUAUUUGGCACGUGAAUAUCGUGUACAAGGAAAUGUUAAGACCGGUUACCCCUAAACAACAUAUAUUAUACUUGCUACUGGAAAAGUGUUUAAGACUUAGCUAGGUUUCCAUUUAGAUCUUCAUAUCUGUUGCAUGGAAGAAAGUUGGAAUCUUGGCAUAGAGUUGCAUGAUAUGUAAGAUUUUGUGCAUUAAUAAUUGUUAAAAUCUGUGUUCCAAAAGUGGACAUAGCAUGUACAGGCAGUUUUCUGUCCUGUGCAAAAAAAGUUUAAAAAAGUUGUUUAAUAUUUGUUGUUGUAUACCCAAAUACGCACCGAAUAAACUCUUUAUAUUCAUUCAAAGAAAAAAA